CUCAGGACCAAAGUCCAACAUCACGAGUGGAAGAUUUCAGGAAGCAGCUUUUAAGGAAACAGUGAAUAGUCUCUCUGUUUAAAAGAGAUGAUGAAGAUCAGCUUUGUGUUGCUGUUCAUGACGCUGGCAGGCAGCGUGGCACCGGUGUCAGCUGCAGCAGAGAUGGGCCUCGUAGAGAGCCUCCUAGUGGCCACAUUCGAACGUCCCUGGCUCUGGGGUCUCUACAUCUUCACUGUUGGACUUCCCAUCGUUCUCUUCAUAAGCUUCAUGUGGCCUGACAAGAGGUUUGGACCCCCUGAUCAGCCGUAUUGGUAUAAGAAGAGUGAUGACGAUCAGCCAGAUGAUCCUGACAUCUCCCCAGCGACACAGUCAGCAAAUAUCAAAAGAGCGGAGACCCGAGCGAGGACCUCAGGGCAGGAAACCACGCAAGUUCACAAGAGGACGCUGAAAAAACACAACAGGGAAUGACUAACCAAAUAAAACUAAAUAAUAAUAAUAUUGCCUAAUCCAGUUCAACCAUUAAAUGAUCAAAAACUAAUUAUUGUGCGAUGUUGCCAUAUAAUACAAACAUCGAGAGAAUGCAAAGAGUAUGUCAAGCAGUCAUCAAAGCAAAAAGGUGGAAUCUAAAAUAUAAAACAUAUUUUGCUUUCGUUUAACACUUUGUUUUGCCUUACACAUUAUUCCGUAUGUGUUCCUUCAUAGUGUUGAUGUCUCCAGUAUUAAUGUACAGUGUAGACAAUAAUAAAAAGAAAAGAAAAACUUG